ACUUCUUUACUGAAACCAAAGAAGCAGGAAUCUGCAGCUUUGAAGACUUCCAGGUUGUGUUCAUCUUUGAUGGUCUGGAUGAGUGUCGACUUCCUCUGGACUUCCACAAAAAUACAAUCCUAACUGACCCUAGAAAGUCCACCUCAGUGGAUGUGCUGCUGAUAAACCUCAUCAGGGGGAAACUGCUUCCCUCCGCUCACCUCUGGAUAACCACACGACCUGCAGCAGCCAAUCAGAUCCCUCCUGACUGUGUUGGCAUGGUGACAGAGAUCAGAGGGUUCACUGACCCACAGAAGGAGGAGUACUUUAGGAAGAGAUUCAGACAUAAGAAGCCGGCCAGCAGGAUCAUCUCCCACAUCAAGAUAUCACGAAGCCUCCACAUCAUGUGCCACAUCCCAGUCUUCUGCUGGAUCACUGCUACAGUUCUGGAGGAUGUGCUGGAAACCAGAGAGGGAGGACAGCUGCCCAAGACCCUGACUGAGAUGUACAUCCACUUCCUGGUGGUUCAGGCCAAAGUGAAGAAGGUCAAGUAUGAUGGAGGAGCUGAGACAGAUCCACACUGGAGUCCAGAGAGCAGGAAGAUGAUGGAGUCUCUGGGAAAACUGGCUUUUGAUCAGCUGCAGAAAGGAAACCUGAUCUUCUAUGAAUCAGACCUGACAGAGUGUGGCAUCGAUAUCAGAGCAGCUUCAGUGUACUCAGGAGUGUUCACACAGAUCUUUAAAGAGGAGAGAGGACUCUACCAGGACAAGGUGUUCUGCUUCAUCCAUCUGAGUGUUCAGGAGUUUCUGGCUGCUCUUCAUGUCCAUCUGACCUUCAUCAAUUCUGGACUCAAUCUGCUGGAAGAACAACAAACAACCCCCAAGCGGCCUGACUUUUUAAAAACAAAAGAAUCUUUCCACCAGACUGCUGUGAACAAGGCCUUACAGAGUCCAAAUGGACACCUGGACUUGUUCCUUCGCUUCCUCCUUGGUCUUUCACUGCAGACCAAUCAGACUCUCCUACAAGGUUUGCUGACACAGACAGGAAGUAGCUCACAGACCAAUCAGGAAACAGUUCAGUACAUCAAGGAGAAGCUCAGUGAGAAUCUGUAUGCAGAGAAAAGCAUCAAUCUGUUCCACUGUCUGAAUGAACUGAAUGAUCGUUCUCUAGUGGAGGAGAUCCAACAGUCCCUGAGAUCAGGAAGUCUCUCCACAGGUAAACUGUCUCCUGCUCAGUGCUCAGCUCUGGUCUUCAUCUUACUGUCAUCAGACAAAGAUCUGGAUGAGUUUGACCUGAAGAAAUACUCUGCUUCAGAGGAGGCUCUUCUGAGGCUGCUGCCAGUGGUCAAAGCCUCCAACAAAGCUCUGCUGAGCAGUUGUAACCUGUCACAGGAAGGCUGUGAAGAUUUGCUGUCAGUCGUCAGCUCCCAGUCCUGUAGUCUGAGAGAGCUGGACCUGAGUACCAACAGCCUGAAUGCUUCAGCAGUAAAGCUUCUGUCUGCUGCAGUGGAGAGCCCACACGCCAAACUGAAUAUUCUGAGACUCAAUGUCUGUGAACUCUCAGGGGAAAACUGUGAAACUCUGUCCUCAGUUCUCAGCUCUCAGUCUUGUAGUCUUAGAGAGCUGGACCUGAGUAUCAAACACCUGCAGGAUUCUGGAGUGAAGCUUUUGUCUGCUGGACUACAAAGUUUAAAUUGUAAACUGAAUACCCUGAGACUGAGUGGCUUCAGCCUCUCAGAGAGAAGCUGUGAAGCUCUGUCCUCAGUUCUCAUCUCCCAGUCCUCUAGUCUGAGAGAGCUGGACCUGAGUAAUUCCAAUCUGCAGGAUUCAGGAGUGAAGCUUCUGUCUGCUGGACUAAAGAGUUCACAGUGUACAGUGGAAACACUCAGGUCAGGAUUCAAACCUUUCCACAUAUGAUCAUUUAAAAUGUGAAUAAUAUUAUUGCAUA